AUGUGUUGUGUGGAAGACAGAAAAGGCAGGUCCCACCUCUAUGCCUUGGUACCCAUGUUAGGAGCUAAUUUGCCUUUGCAGCUGUGUCAGUUCAUGGUGAUGGCCAGUCAGCUAGCUCAUACUCCCCUAGAGCUUUUUCCUCUGAAUCCUUCCUCAGUGCCAGAUGCUUCAUUUCUCCCAGAAGAUCGAAAUGGGCCCACUGCUGCUGUAGUCACUGGAGCCAUUGCCCAGUCUCAGAACCAUCGCCCAUCACAGAGCAGCUCUGCACAGAGCGGCAGUCCUGCAGGUGGCCCAUCACUGCAGCCAUGGACUCCACAGACACUAGGGAGGCAGCUGCAAGUGCAACCACCAUUGCCAAUACCACGAGUUAACUCUGCUGCCACCAAAGAUGCUGCAGACACGAGGAAGGCAGUUGCAGCCACCGGUUUUUCAGCAGAACAAGACUUUAGAAUGACAGCAGACAAAGAGCAAGAAAGGCUUGAUGGAAAUGAAAAUAAGCAGCCACAGGUUGAUGAAGAAAAGAAGCACAAAAGUAAUGAAACAAAAAUAUCAGAAAACCUAUGUGAUGGUGCUGCUGCUGCUACUGAUAAUGGAUUAAUUCAACAAAGAAAGAAUGGGAGAACUGAUCACCAGCAAUUUCCCAUCGAGGAGAAUGAAAAGUGUGAUAGUAGAAGUCCUGCCUUGCAUAUGAUGGAAGGAAAGAAAAAUGAAAAUGAAAAAUGGACCUCAAAAGAAUCUGUGAUUACACCAACAUUUGAGAAGGCUGAUUCACUAACUGGUGGUCCACUACAAGUGAAUGUUAACAGCUGUUUAGGUAAAAUAGAUCAGGACGAUGGAAGGCCUGCAAAGAAAACAUCGAAGGAAAAGAACAAGGUCAAAAAACAAACAAAUUCUGUAGAUGACCUUGAUAAAUUAACCCAUUCAUCUGAAACAGCCUCCGAGCACCGUGAGUUGCCUUACUCUGACUCCAAGAAGUCUAAGUUGGUAAUCAAACAACUUGGAAUGGAUUGCAAAGAUUCUAUGAGCCUACUGAAAAUGCAGGAUGCAGUUUUUUCAGAUGAAAGAGCAAUAGAACUUAAAAAUAAUGAUUGUGAACUAAGAAGAAAAGUUAAAAAAAUUGAAAAUAAAAUUAGUGGACUACAAAAGGGACUAUCAGAAAAAAAAGAAAUGAAGCGACAAUUACAGCAUGAAAAAGUGCAAUGGGAAGAAGAACACUGCGAUUUGAGAUUUCCCAUAAAACAAGAAAAAGAAAAGAGAAGAGAUACUGACAUGCCACGUGACAAACUUAGAGAGCCGUUACAAAGAACAGAAGAGCUGUGCAGUGAAGACGCUGCAGUGAGACGACUCGAAGUGACUCUGAGGACAGGAGAUGCGGAACUGAGGGCUGCCAGAGACAAUGUGGAUGAGCUUGUAGAAGAGCAAAGUGACAUCCAGAGGCAACUUUCUCAAGAACAGAAUGCCGGAGUCUUACAAGAUGGGAUUCCGACCAGGCACCUGUGCGAAAUACAAGAGGAGCUAGAAAUGGCCGAAAAGAAAAGGAAUGAUGAGGUUUCUGAUAGUCAUCAAAAAGAUCUGUUGCAUAAAAAUCACAUGUUGCAGGAUGAACUUGCCAUGCUAAGACUGGAAAGAGACAGAAUAAAAAAUCAAUUUCAGGAGAAAGAAAAGAAAUAUUUCAAGGACAUUGGAAUUAUACAAAGAAAGAAUGAAUACCUUCAAAAGAUGAUAAAAUGGAAUGAGGAAACAUCCACAAAAGCAAUAUCCCAGUAUAGUGGACAGCUUAAUGUUCUGACAGCUGAGAAUACAAUGCUAAAUUCUAAACUGGAAGAUGAAAAACAAAACAAUGAAAGACUGGAAACAGACAUUGAAUCAUACCGUUCUAGACUGGCUGCUGCUAUCCGAGAUCGUGAUCAAAGUCAGACAUCUAGAAGGGAACGAGAACUUGCUUUCCAGAGAGCAAGUGAUGAGAGGUUUCAUAUACAGGAAAAAAUGAAUUUUAAAAUAUCUGUCCUAAAAGAUAAGAAUGAAUUUCUUUCUCGGCAAAUUUCUAAAGCUGAAAGUAAAACUGAUAGCCUAGAAAUUGAGCUUCAUCGCAUAAGAGAUGCUCUCAGAGAAAAUGCUUUGGUCUUAGAAGGUAUACAAAGAGACCUAAGCCAAAUACAGUGUAAAAUGAAGGAAAUUGAACACUUGUAUCAAAAUGAACAAAGCAAAGUGAAUAAAUGCACUGGAAAUCAGGAAUCUGUAGAGGAGAGAUUAUCUCAACUACAACGUGAAAAUUGUUUUCUUCGACAGCAACUGAAUGAGGCUCGCAACAAAGCUGAUCAUGAAGCAAAGAUAGUAAUUAAUUUCCAAUGCCAAUGUUGUGAUACUGUAAGAACACUUCAAGUUCAGAGUGAAAAAUCAAGUCUUAUACUGGAAAAGAGAAGCGAGGAGUACAUCAAUGAAUGUAAUGAUUUAGAAGAAAAACUACAUCAGCAUGAAAAUGAGGAAAAAAUAGAAGUAGCUGUAAGACCAGUUCAGCACAAAAUGGCUGAUACCCUAAAAAAACCUAUGUCGGAGGCUUCCCUGGAGGUUACAUCAUGUUAUCACAUUAAUUCAGAAAAUGAGACACAAGAUUUAAAGAAAGUAUGUCAAAUCCGAAGUCAGGUUGAUGAUCUUAGAGCACAACUGGAAGCUACAUCCUCAGAAUGUCUACGUCUGGAUGAAAAGAGUCAAUUUCAACAGGAGUUACUAUCUAUGAAAGCAGGACUAAAGAAAUGGGAAGAACUAGAGAAGGAGAAAAAGAAGUUGGAACAAGAAGUAGUAAACCUCAUAAGCCAUAUGGAAAUGAACAUGGUAGAACGUAGUGAAGUGGAGCAGUAUGAACGGGAGCUUAAAGAAAGAGCAAGACAGGAGAUAUUAAAAAAAUUAGAAGAAGUCAAUCUGUUUUUACAGGAACAAGCAGCAUCUCAGGAAUACUUAGAAAUGUUAAGAGAGGGUGAUCAGGAUUUAAUAAAACAUCAGAUGGAACUCAGAAUUAAAGAUCUGGAAUUUGAACUCUUCAAAAUGAAAAAUUCUCGAGAUGAUUCUCGUGAGACAGAAUUGGUAAAAUAUAAGCAACUCUAUAAAGAAGCACGAGAAGCCAGAAUAUCAGUGGCAAAUAAAUUAUGCAAGUAA